AGAUGGCGGCGACCAAGUGGAGCAAUUUGCCAUACAAUGUUUUAGAAAUAAUCUUUUCGUACUUAGACUUAACCGAACUGAGGAGUUGUUCUCUGGUGUGUAAAAACUGGUACAAGUUACUGAACGACGAGAACAACGACGUGUGGAGGAUGCACUGCAUUAGAAAGUUAGCGGAGGAGGCGUUGAAAUCCGAUUUGCUGUCAUCGGUGCCGACUUACAAGUCCAAGCUGAAGUCGUUCUACCACGCUUGGGACCCGAACGAAUGCUCGAGAAAUAUUUACAUCAAACCCAACGGGUUCACGUUACAUCGAAAUCCCGUGGCGCAGAGUACGGAUGCCGCCAAAGGCAAAAUCGGGUUUCGGACCGGUCGUCAUUGUUGGGAAGUUUGGUGGGAAGGACCGCUGGGAACCGUGGCCGUCAUCGGAAUCGCCACCAAGGAGGCGCCCCUCCAGUGUCCCGGUUACGUGGCCCUGUUGGGAUCCAACUCGGAAAGUUGGGGGUGGAAUUUGGUCGAUAAUCAUCUGUUACAUAACGGAGACAGUCAAGGCAAUUAUCCCCAACUUAACAAUGCGCCUAAGUAUCAGGUCGGGGAAAGGAUUCGUGUCAUCCUGGACUGCGAAGACAAUACACUAGCAUUCGAGCGAAAUUACGAAUUUCUAGGUGUGGCUUUUCGUGGAUUACCGGACAAAAAACUUUAUCCUUCCAUAUCUGCGGUGUAUGGAAAUACAGAAGUGUCGAUGGUUUACUUAGGACAUCCGUUGGAUGGCUGACACCUAUAUUUUAUAAUUGGAUAUUUAAUAAAUCAUGUGAUCUGAUGGUAUCAAGUCAAACCCAGUACAGUCUGAUGCGAGAUACUGAUUAUAUAUCAGUUAUUCAUUCAAACAGCUAUGAAUAAAAAUAAAGAAGAAAAACGGUAAUUACCAAAGACUCCAUCGUCUGUCUCGUCACAGUUAAACUAAAAAGACGAUAUCUCUAUUUUGAUUUAUGCCAUUAACUGUCCACAUUCCAAAAAUAUAAAAUGGCUGUGAUGGGGUUUGACAAACUUUUUAUAUAAACUAUAUAUAAAAAUAAAUUUUAAGCUCAAUUAAAAUCAUUGAAAACUACGAAGAAAUAGUUUUUGAAAAGUGAAAUACGAUUAGAUCCGAAAGUUUGGUUAUCUACUCAUCAUUGGAAUUUCAUAUUACGAGGAAAGUAUUCUAACAUUCAUUUCGAGAAAAAUACUCAAUGAUGCUAGUUAAAAGAAACUCGUUGGUGAAGUUGCAGUCAACUAGGGACUGUGCAAUGCUGAUAUUUAAUAGUGUGUAUUUAUAUUAUCGAAUCUCUUUGGAAUUAAUCAUCUUUUAAUUACAUAAAAAUAUAUAUGUCUUAUGUAAAAGCAUAGGAAAAAAAAUCAAUGAUAAGAUAUUGUGAUACUGCUAUCCUUUGAACAAAAAUUUAAUUAAAUCGGAUGAUAAUUUAUAUCAUAUAUAAUAAGUUCGCAAAGAAAUUGUGCCAAUAUAAUUGUGACAAAUGACGAAAUGGUUUUCUUUUGAAAUUUCAUACCAAAAUAACGAAUCGUAUAUCAUUUGCUAAAUUGAGUUAAUUCAGUUUAAAGAAUUGUAAAUAAAUUUCAUUUGAUGAUGAUAUGUAGAGGUCCUAAAUUAGGCACAUAAUCGAAGGCAAAUGAAAUUUAUCUACAGUUUGUGUAGAAAACUCUUUACAACUUUAAGGAAGUUACUUCCAACAGUUUAUGCAAUCUUUUACAAGUUCUUUUAAGAGAAAUAUACCUUAAAAGAACUUUAAUUUGCUAAGUGAUUAUCUGCGAGACGAUAAGAAUUCUUCUACAAAAGAACCUUCUACAUUACCGUCACUACAAUUCUCAGGAAUGCUGAGUGUAACAUAAUUUCACCAAACAUUGCCUUUUUAUAUAUUCUACGUGGCAAAUUUAUUCACCGAGCAAGCGGCAGGCAAGAAAUCUCACCAAAAUUUGAUUUGACGUCGUAUAAUUUAUUAAAGUAAGAACACAUUUGUACUUAGGUUCGAAUCGUCGUGGGAAAAGAAAAUUUAUCACGCUUUAAUGUAUAGAAGAAUUUAUUUUUUAAUUUAAUUUCAGUAAUAGAAUACAAAGUAAUAUAUUAUAUUAAAUAUUCAUCUGAUGGUAAGUUAUCUUCUCUAAAUUUUAGUAUAGAAUUUUGUACUUUUUGAUUCGGUUCUUUAAAGAAUACAGUUUCAUUAGUUGUGACACUUUCCAGAGAGUAAAUUUCAGUAAUAAUGGACAAUACAAAGACAGUUCUCACACGUCAUCUACGCUAAAGUUGUAUAUUUUUGUAUGGAUAUACUGUGUAAUAAAUUCAACGAGGUACAAAUUUUUUUUUUUUUAAUUUAUAUAUUUGCCAUAUAAUUAGAAUAUUUGUGAAGUUUAUUUAUUGUCGUCAUUAAUUUAUAUUUGAAAAAAAAACGAUAAUCGUUCUCAAUUAUCGAAUCGAUGUACAUACGCUCGUCUCUAAAUUAUUAUCAUAAUUGUAAGUUUCUGUACAGUCGUCGUUCGUAGUUAAUUGUGAUUCUUGCGAUGAGUUCUGUAAUUAUCAUUUUUUUUUGUUACGGCAAAUUCAGAUACUUAACCGAGUAAAAAUGUAGGAAGAAUUCUACGAUACUUACGUUAGGACUUAGAAGAAAAAUCUGAGUUUUAACUCAAUAUUUUAAAAAAAUAAUUUUAGAAAUGUGUGUAUAUUAACAACAACAAAAUGGUGCAUUCUUUGUAGCAUUCUGCUUAAAUCAUUUUUAUCUAAUGAACUUGUCAUAAGUGGGAUUUUAUGAAAAUAAAACUUCAUUGAUUUUUAUUUUGUUUUUCCAUAAAUUGCAUGUUUUAGUAGUAAUAAAUAAAUUAAAUAAUUGAUUUAAUGUAUAAAUUAAAUUGUGUUAAGUUCUUCGUAACAAUUACAACAACACCCGGGGAAAGAAUUGUAAUUAAUCGCACUCUAAGAGAGAACAGACAACUUUUUGCUUGUCAAACUGACAUGGAAAUGAGGAGUACGUCAUAAUUCUUUUGCCGUAACAUUAUACGAUAACACGCACUAUCUAUCUAUACAUUUCGGGCCACAAAACAACCUUCCAGAUGUAAAUAUAACAUUAUCGAAAUCUUAUACAAACACUGGGUGCAAAAUCGUUAGGUUGCAACAACGGAGAUAUCUUGGAAGAACUCUUAUAGAAGAAGCAUUUGUUUUGCUUAUUCUUUUGGCUCUGGAAAUUUUGUUGGUUUGUCUCAUUUACUUUUAUUGAAGGAGCAAUAAGAAUAGUUCAAAUUUACAAAUUGAUUGAAAUUACUACAAGUAUAGUUUUGUAUGUCUGUGUGAUAUUGAAAAAUGUCUUUGAAGCUACUGGAUAAACUUACAAUAGAAUUAUUUACAAGGUAUUAUAUGGCUUACAAAAAUGCAUGGGUUUGAUGUAAAGGUGCUUGAUCGACAGAUACUUUUGACUUGUCUAGACUGCUGUGCAAUACAAAAUUGUUAGUUUGUUCUCAGUUGAAUUUUGAAUUUGAAGUUCAGAAGAGAUAUGAGAAUUAGAAUCAGAAUUUUCACCGCAUCUUUGUGGCUCAGAGCUUCCAAUAAUAAACGUCCCUUCAAAAAUGCAAAUGCCUCAUCUUUGCAAAGCAACUUUUGAAUGGCACUUGGGCAUUUUCUUUGUAUCUCCAAGCAUAAACCACAGUUGUGGAAAUUGAGAUCUGAACUGAUACGAGUUUCGUUUCAGAGAACAGAAAUGCAAAUAACUCAGAAGAGUGCAGUUUUCUGUAAUUGACAUCACUU